AUAAAAACUCUGCCGUUAAGAUGGUUCACGAGUGACCAGCGACGUAGGGGGCGAGAAGAGAUGGCGAUGGCCUUCCGAGCGGCGGUGGUGACCAGACCACCUCCACCACGCAAACCCGCGUCCAAGUCCCAGCCCGGUCCUUCGCCUCCACUGCUCUCCCCGACACCGACGGCGCUCUCCCUUCUCGCCCUCUUCUCCACCCCGAGCUCCCACUGCGAAGCCAAGGCCUUCGCCUUCUCUAAAGAUGGCAUCAUCAAUUCCCUCGAAAAAGUAGAAAACGCGAUUGAUCAAGUAGAGGAUGUGGGAUCCAGGGUUUUGGACUUCUCCCAGAACGUAAUUAAGGUCUUGGUUGAUGCUCUGAAGCCCGGAGUAGAUGCGGCGCUUCCUGUCCUACGAAGUGCUGGCCAGGAAGCGCUGAAGGUUGCUUCGCCGGUGGUUUCCGACGCUUCCAAGCAGGCCAAAGAGGCUCUCCAGACUGCCGGAGUCGAUCCCAGCCCUGUCUUAUCUGCGGCUAAGACAGUUGCAGAUGCAGCACAGCAGACAGCAAAAGUUAUAGAAGGGGCAAAACCCCUUGCUUCAGCAACAGUGGAAACAAUUACAUCUUCAGAUCCUUCAGUGAUUGUUGUCUCAGCUGGAGCAUUAUUCCUUGCAUACCUUCUUCUUCCACCAAUUUGGUCGGCCAUUUCUUUCAACUUUCGUGGUUAUAAAGGCAAUCUCAGCCCUGCUCAGACUCUUGACCUGCUUUCCUCGCAAAAUUAUCUAAUGAUUGAUAUAAGAUCGGAGAAGGACAAGAAUAAAGCAGGAGUUCCUCGUCUGCCCUCCAGUGCUAAGAACAAGAUGAUCUCAGUGCCUUUAGAAGAACUCCCGAGCAAGAUAAAAGGUCUUGUGAGGAAUGUAAAGAAAGCAGAAGCAGAGAUAGUUGCAUUGAAGAUUUCAUACCUCAAGAGACUUAAUAAAGGCUCCAACGUCAUAAUAAUGGACUCGUAUUCUGAUAAUGCAAAGAUUGUCGCAAGGGCACUCACGAGUCUAGGCUUUAAGAACUGUUGGAUCAUGUCGGAUGGCUUCUCUGGGGGAAAAGGGUGGGUGCAGAGCCGUUUAGGGACAGACUCGUAUAAUGUGUCAUUUCCAGAGGUUAUAUCUCCUUCGCGGAUCAUCCCAGCAGCUGCAACUCGUUUUGGUCCCACCAGCUCAACUGCUGUCCGACCUUCAAGAAAGUUCCUUCCAGGAAGUAUCGAUAAUUAGAAGUUUCAUUGCUGAAAAUUCUCUAAAUAUGCUUUAUAACCAAUUUGUUUAUAAUCUAGUUGUAUCUUUUUGAUAUCUGAAUCUGUUGGCUCAUUUAUGUUAUGUUUAAAUUAGUCAUGUUUCCUACAUCCAUUUCAUCAUUUUCAGCAAAGCAACCAUGGAUUUAGCCUCA